GUCAGGGAGAGAUGGUGGUGAGAAACAAGCUCGACCAGCUCGACCCAUCGUCGCUUCAGAGCCAUGUGACUCAGCUGGCGACCGUUGGAGCAGGAAGUGCAGCACUUCCCUCUGGACCCCGCAGACGUGGACGGUCUGAAAAGGCGCAGCAUGAAUGACACCCUCUUGGAUGACUGCGAGGAGUCCGUCACUCUGGGCCUGCAUCAGCAGGGCCCGGGGCAGAGUGUGGUGGCGGCGGUGCACGGCCUCAUCUGCCUGCUGGGCCUGGUGGGCAACGGCCUGGUGGUGGCCACCUAUGCCCUCUACAGGGAGUCCAAGACCAUGACGGACAUCUUCCUCUUGAACGUGGCGCUGGCCGACUUGCUUUUUGUGGCAACGCUGCCCCUGCUGGUUCACAGCGAGCUCUCCUCCUGGACCGCAGGUCAGCUGACCUGCAAGUUGGUGCGCGGCGGCUACAGCGUCGGCCUCUUCAGUGGCACCCUGCUGUUAGCCUGCGUCAGCGCCGACCGCUACGUCGCCAUCGUGCUGCUUCGCCGCAGUGCCCUACUGCGCUCUGGACGCCGCAGCUGCGUGGUCUGCGCGGGCGUCUGGGCGCUGUCCCUGCUGCUCUCCGUCCCCACCUUUCUUUACUACCACCGCUACGUGCCGUCUCAUGCCGACAGCGGCGCCCACUACAUCUGUGAGUUCCUUUUCCCGGACGAGAACGUGGCCCGUCGGGCGAAGGUGGCGGUUCCUAGCGUGCAGCUGGUGGCAGGCUUCUUCCUGCCGCUGCUGCUCAUGCUGUUCUGCUACAGUGCUGUGGUGCUGACCCUGCAGAGGACCCGCAGCUCCCAGCGCCACAGGGCACUCUGGCUGGUCCUCGCUGUGGUGGUGGUCUUUGUUGUCUGCCAUCUGCCCUACAACCUGCUUCUGCUCUACGACACGGUCAGCUUGCCCCUGACCCUCGAGUGCCACACCCUGGAGCUGCUUCAGAUCGCCCGCACUCUGACGCAGACCCUCGCCUACCUGCACUGCUGCCUCAACCCCUUCCUCUACGCUUUCAUGGGGGUCCGGUUCAGGGGCCACUUCAGACGAAUCGUCCAGGACCUGUGGACCCGGACCAAGCCCCGUCAGUCCGCAGGCGGCUCCGGCGCCGGCCGCCUUCCCUCAGCAGACCGCUGCAGUGCCACCGGCAUGUCCCUGAUCUUGUGACUGGCUGCGUUCUGUCCUCGCCGUGCGCUUGCUUUGGCCCCAGCGUCCAGCACAGCUCUCCAAAGGUUCACCAAUCUCAGUUAAGUGUUCUUCCGGCGUCUACAACCUCAGAGGUGGCGUGCUGAGCCGCUCAGUCUCCGUUAGCAGACUGCUACCAUGUGUACGCCACGUGGCUCCAGCAACCAGCCCUUGGAGCACGUUUGACUUCAGUUCUUUUUUUGUUCAAUUUCAAUACAAAGCUUUGCCUCCUAUCGGAAGUUUGAUUCUGGUGUUUCUGCACUGACCCACAAGCCCUUUAUUCGCUGGUGAUGGAGGGAGAAUAAGCGCUGGAAAGACUACAAAAUAAAUCUGAAUCAAUCACAAUCAAAUUUAUUGCCAUGGUCAGUGGGGAUCCCACCAACUAGGAAAGUGCUUCGAACUAAAGUGCAGUCAAUAAAUUAAAUUAAAGGCUUUCACUGUGCAAAAUAAGAUGAAGUGGCAAUCAUUCAGCCACGCACACUAAUGCGUAAUACGGAGCAUUUGAUUGGUCCACGCUGCUCUCACAACACGUUGAACACUGUGAGAGAGAGCACUGAGGAUGGAGAAGG